GGAGAGGAAAAGGGAAAAAGGGGAGGAGAGACUAAAAGAGAAUGAGAGACAGAGAAAGAGAGGAAGGGAAAGAGACACAUUUAGGAAGUUGGGGACAAGAGGGUAUUUUUGCUGGUUACAGAAAACUCUCCAGACUAAUUGUUCUUGUGCCGGUCCAUACAGUAGAUAUAUUGCGUAUCUAUUUUUCUCUCUGUGUCUGAGUAGAGGUGGAAGUGUAGGCGACAGAGAGCGGGAGUUGCCUGUUUGAAGAGGUCAGGCAGGCAGGGGAAAGCCGGUGGAUAUUUGUUAAGAGGCCGCUUAUCUGAAACUGACAACAGGAUGAGAGGGUGAGUGAGGGGGGAGAGCCCAGCAGUACAGGGAGAAAACCAUGGAGAGUUCAGCGUCCUCAUCCACAGCCCACUCACAGAGGAGACACAGACACAGGCUAACCUGAGAGAGAGAAACAGAGAUAGAGAGAAAGAAAGAGGGGGAAGGAAAGACAGAGGAAGUGAGGUAAAGAGUCUACUUUGUCCAUUCUGUCCAACGGAGCGGGAGCGAGAGACGACGGUUCGUAACACUGGAGCUCAAAGAUAAACCAUGGACUCUGCACACCUCCUACCACACCUGGACAUCCACCAUGUUCCCUGCUAACCUCUUGGUCCUGAUGGUCCUGCUGCUACCUCAAGCCUCGUCUGGUCGCCAGGGCGGAGCCACCGAGCCCGAUGGCAGUGUGUUGUCGUUGUCAUCGUCAUCACCAACCCCCCUGGACCCCAGCCUGUCCCAGACCAUCCAGAACCUGCUGCUGAGCCGCCUGGGCCUGCAGUCCCACCCCAACCCCCGGCCAGGUGCCCCCAUCCCCCAGUACAUACUGGACCUCUACCGCUUCCACUCCCAGCAGUACCACCUAGUCCAGGAUCCACACUUCAGCUACCCCAGCCAGCAUGUCCAGGAGGCCAACACCGUACGCAGCUUCCACACAGAGUCUACCAGUCCCUCACUCCCCCUUGAAAAGAGGCAGACCACCGCGAGCAACAGCAGGGUCCCCAUCUCCUUCAACGUGUCCUCCAUCCCCCAGGAUGAGCGUGUGGUGUCUGCAGAGCUGCGUUUCUUCCGGGGUGGUGGGGUCAGCCUGGGCCCCGGGGCCCACAGGGUCAGCCUGUUCCUUUCUGGAGGCCCUGGGGACUCUGAGUCUGAGCCCACUCUGCUGGAGUCACGGCUCCUCACAGGGGCCCCCAGCACCAAGCCAGCUGUGUCCUGGGAGGCAUUCAGCCUCAGCACCGAACUCUUCCUGGGGGCCCACGCUCGGACUGGCAGCCUGUCCUUCCUCAUAGAGGUGACCCCUCUGGGUAACACCACCCUCCUCACCCCCCCUGACCAUGAUGCUCUACCACUCUCCACUGGGGAGGAAGGGCGCAGAGAGGGACACCUGAGGGUGCGCAGAUCUCUGGGACAGGACGAACACAGCUGGGCACGAGAGAGACCCCUGCUGGUUACUUACAGCCAUGAUGGGCGCGGGGAGGCACUAGCCGCCCAUGGCCGGAGAACCUCCGGCACUGCCCAGAGGAUGAGGGGGAGGAAGGGGGCCAGAGAAAGGGGCAGGAGUAGCAGCAGGGACCGGGGAAGGGACAGAAACAAGGACAGGGAGAGGGACAGGGACCGGAGCGCCAGUCCUGGCUGGGGCGGUAGCUGGAACGAGGGUGGAAGAGUGAAGCGUAAUGGCGGCCGCGCAGCGAAACUGAAGCGUCUGUCCCGCGCCCGCUGCCGCCGCCACCCGCUCUACGUGGACUUCAAAGACGUGGGCUGGAACAAGUGGAUUGUGGCGCCUAGCGGCUACGACGCCUUCUUCUGCCUGGGAGAGUGCCGCUUCCCGCUGGCCGACCACAUGAACUCAUCCAGCCACGCCAUGGUGCAGACGCUGGUGAACUCGGUGAACGGAGCCGUGCCGCGGGCCUGCUGUGUGCCCACCGCCCUCAGCCCCAUUGCCAUGCUCUACCUGGACCCGCAGGACCGCGUGGUCCUCAAAAACUACCAGGACAUGGUGGUGGAGGGCUGUGGAUGCCGGUAACGGGAAACAAAAGAGAGGGAGGGAGGAGAGAGAUGGAAGGAGAGAUUGAUGACGUAGGGACAGAGGACAAGGACAGAACCCAGACCAGCAGGACCAUGUGAGACAAGAGUACCUGGACCUUGUGGUGGAGGGAUGAAAAUACUAGUAGCAGGAGGAGGGGGGAGCGAGAGGAAUGUAGAACCCAAUCCAACAGGACCAAGUGGUUUCUAAGAAGUACAUGGUGUUGGAGGGUCACAGCGGUCAGUAGUGGAUAUAAAGAGAGGACACGAAAGAGAGCGGGAGAGAGAGAGAGGAAAAACAGAGACAGAGGAGCCCCCUUAGAACAUACAGUGCAGUGCUUCAGAAGGACCACACGGUGAGAGAAUAAAGAGAAAAGAGAGGGAGAGAAAAACGAAGCAGUCUUCCACAUCCCAGUAGGAGUAGAGGAGGCUGCUUACAGAAGACGAGAGGGAAGACAGGAGUAGAGAAGAAGAGACUCCCAUUAGCCCCACCUCUUCUCCUUCUACAGCACUCCACUCGCUGACAGCCCUGUGCUUGUUCAAUGCUCACUCGCCAGCCCCUAUGUGUCUGUAAUGUGUCUGUAUUUGUGUCUCUCCGUGCUCAGUGUGUCGCUCACCUCCUCAUUCCAACAUCAAUCUGUAAAGGAGAUGCACUCAAUCAGUAGAGUGGAAGACCAAGGGGACUGGCAAGAGAUUAAGAUAUCAGUGCCAGAGUAUACUAUCUGUACAGUGGACAUACUAUCAAGAGUGGCUUAUAGUACAUAGUAAGCUGUCAUAUGGCCCAUAUGAGGAGGAUGAAACAUAUAUACCCUUUGCAUCAGUGACACCAUCCUCAAACUAACUCAGCUAUCAUAUCUGGGCCAGCGGUCAGCUACUGAUCUCUCAUCAAGAGAGACGUUGACGGACACUCCUCGUAGACUGAAUAGAUAUGGAUUUCUCAGACAGACAGACAAAUUGUCCGCACGAAGCUUCCCCGUCACGAGAUAUUUAAAACCACAACAAUAAUACAGAGGAAUUAUUAUGCUAUUGUUUGAAUGUACUGCUAUCAUUAUUAUUUAAAGAUAACUUUUUUUGUACAUUUCCAUUGCAGAGAUGAAGAAAAUUCAGAAAAUUCAAAGAAAUUCCAUUAAAUGGUCAAUCUAACUUAAAAGUCACAUUAUGUAUUUAAAUAGCAACCGCAUAUGGUAUAUUUAACCUUGAAAAUAUUUAAGAUAUCUGCUCUCUACAAAGCCACAUUUACAGUACCGUAAUACACCUAUAACUGGAGCCUGCAGUCCUUAUAGUAGCAAGUUAUGGUGGCUUUUAGUGUACUACACAUGCAAACACAGUGUGUCGUAAUGGUGCAGUCAUAAGCUCAAUAAAUACCACAUCUCAAGGCUCUGUGUAUUGUAUUCUACUGAAUCGUGUAACAAGAACACAAUGUCAUCAUCAACACAGAUGUCUUUGCUAGCAGUGUGCAUGUUUUAAAAAAGAACGGCUAAUGUUAAAGCAGUUGAUUUCCAGUACCUUUUGGACAAGGGCUUUGCAGGUGUUUUCCUGUUAUGAGUUGAGUAUGUUGAGUAUCUUUCCAGUGUUUUGCUUUUCCCUCUAUUUAAAUGGAAGCAUUUAAACAACAGUCUGUAAAAUGUUUGACAUUGUCUGAAGAUGUGGUGAUACCUGUAAUAAACAGACCAAGCAGCA